UCGGAUGGUAGACUAAACUGUGUUAGUUGGUAAUCCAAGUAUAACAAAUGUGCUCAUCAGUUUAACACCAUUGAAAGUUACUUUUUAUGCAAUCGCAUGGCAAACGAUGAAGAAUGACGAUGAUCCUUGCCACAAAUACAGAGUUGGAUAAAUCUCUGCAUUGCACGUUUUACCAACUAUGUAAUUUCUAUGGUGAUUAAACUCAUUCCUCUGUUUAUUUUUCCUGACAUUUUAAGCAACCAAAACUCAUUACAGAUGACCUUUCAUCUUUCCCAAUUCUCUUCUAACCAACCAAUUUUUGCUUCUUUUGGAUUCCACCUUAAAUUAAACCUCUACACCUAAUUUCAAUUAAUCCAUUCAACCCCUAUAUAUGAACACACACACACUCACACCCAACUUCAUCUUGCCAUUCAUACACACACCCAACUAUGAACACGAUGCAUCAUCAGCAACAUUCAUCACUCCUCUCCCUGCUUCUCCUCCUCCCCUUCCUCCACCGCAGCUCCAUCGCUCUAGCCCAGGCACCGGCUCCAUCCCCUUCCCCAACGGGACCAACCAACGUGGUGAAAAUCCUGAAGAAGGCAGGGGAGUUCAAGACCUUCGUCCGGCUUCUCAAAACCACACAGCUGGACUCCAACCUCAAUUCCCAGCUCGGCGACACCAACAACGGCCUCACCAUCUUCGCCCCCAGCGACGCCGCGUUCACCAAAUUGAAGACCCCCGGCCGGUCAUUGAACCGGCGGGAGAAGAUGCAGCUCGUGCAGUUCCACAUCGUCCCGACAUUCAUCUCGAGGAAGCAAUUCGAGACGGUGAGCAAUCCCCUGAAGACGCACGCCGGGUCAGGGGACCGGUUCUUGCUGAACGUGACGGUGAGCGGGGAUUCGGUCAACGUGAAGACCGGAGUGAUCAACACGACGGUGUCGGGAACCGUUUACACGGAUACCCAUCUGGCGAUAUAUCGAGUGGACGAUGUUCUGCUUCCGGCAGCUAUCUUCGGCCCCAAGGAGAAAUCCCCUGCAGCGGCGGCUCCGGCUGCGGCGAAGAAGGUGAAGGCGGAUGAUGAGUCCGACGAUGAGGGUGAUGAUGGGGAUGGCGAUGGGGUUAGCAAAAAUGUCUCGCGGGGAGUAAUUGUGGGUUUUGGUUCUUUGUCACUUGGAAUUUGUAUUGUUCUGGCGCACAUUGCUCUGUUUUUGUGAGUGAUGAUGAAUUGCUGCGAAAUUUGGUUUGGAUUUGGGGGCAAAGUUUGAAAGAUCUGAGCUUUUGUCGAAAUUUGCUACUCGGAAAAAGAAAACAGAGUCCCAACUGGUUUAUGAAGGGAUUCGUAUAAGAAAAAUUAAGUGAAAAU